AUGCAACGAUAUUAUGUUGGUCAGUGGAAAAAUGAUCAAAUGAAUGGUUAUGGAACAUUAUAUUUAAAUCAUUUAUCAUAUUAUCAAGGAGAAUUUCUAAAUAAUAAACGAUCUGGAUGGGGACGAAUGUAUUAUGAAAAUGGAGAUAUGUAAAAUUGGUUUGAAGAUAAUAAACAUGGUUAUGGUCGAUAUUAUUUUAAAAAGCAAAAUCGUUUAUUUGAAGGUUUAUGGUUGAAUAAUUUAUGUAAAUCAGCUGAACAAAUUUAA